UCUCUCUCUAUAAAUACAAUACACACAUCAACUUCGAUAUUUUGCACUCAAAAAUUCAAAGAGAGAGUUCUAGAGGGAGAGGGAGAGGGCGAUGACUAGAUUACAGAGAUCCGUAACCUCGUUCAGGAGGCAGGGCUCAUCUGGAACGGUAUGGGACGACAAGUUCCUCAACGAAUUGAGUGAUCAAUUGAACCAGAAAGCAGAAGGAGAAAACAAACCUCAGGAAGAGGAGAAUCCUGCGAUAGCCGUCGGAUCAACCAGCACCAUCCGACGGAGCAGGUCGAUGAUCACCACCAUCGAGCGGAGCAGAUCGAUCAGCACCGUCCAAAGGAGCAGAUCGAACGGCAGCAUCGAGCGGAGCAGAUCGAACGGCAGCGUCGAACGGAGCAGAUCAAGCGGCAGUGGGCGGGCAUUGACCACCCGGAGGGUUCUGGUCUUAUCUCCUGCGCUCGACCCGCCGUCCCCGAGAGUUUCUGCUUGCGGGUUUUGCGGGUUUUCCCGUAAGAAGGAAAAUCGUCGCCGACCCAAAUCCGGUAAGCGUAGAGUAGGAUAGAUGUGGCCGGAGAUGUUGUCGGAGGUGAACAUUCAUUGGAUGACGUGUAUUGUGAUGGGUUCGUCGUCUUUGAGCGUUAAAGGGUAUAUGAAAUACUGGCGAAUAGUAUAGGCUAUAGGAGUAUUUUGAAGUUCAUCUCAAUAAGUAUUUGGGAAUUUUGUGGAACACCAAAAGGAGAGAGAAAAAUAAAAACGAUCCUCUGUUUUUGUUGUUUUUCA